UCAAAUCAAACAAAAUGCAAAUCAUUUGUAAACAAAUUGUGUUAAUGCUUUGGCUAAAUAAAUCAGUAUUUGGUGGAAUAACCCCGAUCUGCAUGCGUUUUGGCUCCAUGCUCUCCACCAGUUUUUCACAUUGCUGUUGGGGAACUUUAUACCACUCUUUUUGCAAAAAAAAGCAAACAGCUCGGCUUUACUUGAUGGUUUGUGACCAUCCAUCUUCCUCUUGAUGAUAUUCCAGAGGUUUUCAAUAGGGUUCAAAUAUGGAGAUUGGGCAGUGGUCUCUUUUUUUUUUUUUCCAGAGCUGUAUAUUCUCCUAUCCAUUUGCAGGCAUGAUUUUGGGAGGUGGGAAGAAGAAACCUACUUAUGCACAGCAACUCACAACAACACAGCAACAAACAGAACCUGAUCGCAAGAUCAAACCAGAGGCAACAAUGGAAUCUAUUCCUGUGGGAGAGAAAAAAAAACUGUUUUAUCUGUUUCUCUGUUAUGUGAAAAGGACAAACCUAUAGAUUUAAAUGGAAACGUACACUCUCAAAAAUAGGGGGUAUGUUUCUUAAUUAGUGAACUAAUACCCUCAAGCUAUUUAAAGGGGUUUAUUUAAUUGGUCCUUGCCAAGAUGCAUCAUAUUUAUUCAUUUUAUACAUGCUACAGGCAUUUAAGAUGUGCUGUAGAGGGUAGCACCCUUAUGAAAGGUACAGUACUUUUUAUUUUGUAUGAGUGUAACAGGUUCAGAUAAAUGUGUCUGGGCAUCAAACAGGAAACACUGGGAAGACUCUCUUCAGCAUCACGUGUCCCGUUUUUCAUUGAGAUUUUUUUUUUACGUUUACAACAAAUAAUAAUAAUAAAAAAAACCUCAUGCUGCAAACACUUCCUGUCCAUCACCUCCAAAACUUCGGUGUGUGUCUCUGCGGGCGGUUCGGUCAGUGCGCUGCGCUCUGAUGUCAUCAGGCGGCCACAGCUGGAGCGCGCGCCUCUAUAGCGCCAGUGCGUGUGAAAAACGCAUUUCUGUGCGGGAACAAACACUCAUCAUACUCAGCUUUUGUCGUGUCGGAGACUAUCAGCUUUGUUUUUGCACUUAUUUAAACGACAAUACGGAAAAAUUGCUCCUGUGUGAUUAUAGACAGUUUAGUGUCGCCGUAGUGUCUCUAGAGGAGAUGGAUAUCAGCGUGAUGCAGAUUUUUAAAGAGGAUCAGUGUCCAUCUGCGGGUGUUGAGGAGUGUUUGGUCAACUUGGACACGCUUUCCGAAGCGCCUCUGAACUCCUCAGGGAAUGAGAGCUGGCCAAGUGAGGUCGAGACCCUCUCCCCUAUUGUGCCUGUCAUCACUGCGGUCUACUCCGUGGUGUUCGUCGUUGGUCUGGUGGGAAACUGCCUGGUGAUGUAUGUCAUUAUAAGAUACACUAAGAUGAAAACAGCCACCAAUAUCUACAUCUUCAACCUGGCAGUAGCUGAUGCCCUGGUGACCACCACCAUGCCCUUUCAGAGUACAGACUAUCUGCUCAACUCAUGGCCCUUUGGAGAGGUGGUCUGCAAGGUCUUCAUCUCCAUUGACUACUACAACAUGUUCACCAGCAUCUUCACACUCACCAUGAUGAGCGUGGACCGAUAUGUGGCCGUGUGUCACCCGGUUAAGGCCCUGGAUUUCCGCACACCUGUCAAAGCCAAAAUCAUCAACAUCCUCAUCUGGGUUUUGUCCUCGGCUGCUGGCAUCCCGGCUAUGGUCCUUGGAAGUACUCAGACCAACAAUGGUACUACGGAGUGUGCUCUGCAGUUCCCUGAUCCCUAUGCCUACUGGGACACACUGAUGAAGAUCUGUGUAUUUGUCUUUGCUUUCGUGGCACCUCUGCUCAUCAUUAGCGUGUGCUACACACUGAUGGUGUUGCGAUUGAAGAGCGUUCGUCUGCUAUCAGGCUCACGUGAGAAAGACCGUAAUCUGCGGCGUAUCACGCGUCUUGUUCUAGUGGUGGUGGCUGUGUUUGUCGUGUGCUGGACGCCCAUUCACAUCUUCAUCCUGGUCAAGGCCCUGGUUCCUGACGUGCCUGAGACCACAGCCGUCAUGGGAGCAUACUUCUUCUGCGUGGCGCUCGGCUACACUAACAGCAGCCUCAACCCCAUCCUCUAUGCCUUCCUAGAUGAGAACUUCAAGCGCUGCUUCCGUGAUUUCUGCUGCUUGACUCGAAGCAAGGCAGACGGCGUAGGUGUGACACGAGUCAGGAGCACUCUCCGUGAGCACACGUGCCAGGCAGACGCCAGAGGUGAGGCAGGCCGUGGCAGAUCAGUAUGACUAGCUGUGGAGCUCUCCUCCUUCCAAGGCAUGGAAAUAUCCAAUGACCUUGGAUUGACACAGAUCACCACCACCUUCUGAGGAGGAGAGAGAUGAAGACGUGUCUUAAAGAGCCACAUCCUUCGGGAGCACAUAAAAGGAACUGUUCCAUAGUGCAGUGUCUAAAAUCAGCAUUUCAUUCUACUGAUAGUUAGCCAUAUUCAUAUUCCUAGAGUCACGCCUGUAGGAUUAUUAAUAUAUACUAACGGCUUAUCUCGAUAGUCUUAUUACACAGAAUGGCUGAAGGUUUCAGAAGAGCUUAAGAGUUUCUGGGAGGAUACUGGUGCUGUAGGGAUAAAACAGUCACCAGCUUCAGCCAAUUUGCCUGCAAAGUGACUUUUAUGUGACCAUGCACAUAUCCUGAAGAUGUUUUAAUUCAUGGACUUUGCUGAAACAUUAGUUCCUACCCAACACCCACAGCCCUUUAUAUGCCAUAUGUCCAAUAUCCGAAUGCUCCUGAGCCAGAGACCAAAGACAGUAUCCGAUAUGAGAGUCAUAGGUGAUGCUCCAUAUCUGAGCGUUACACAGCUGAAUUCUCUAUUUAAGUGCAUUAUGAAAGAAAAUGGAGUUUAAUGCAAAGGGAGUUGGAUGCAAUGGGAUUUACUUCAUAUGCAGGAACGAGAAUAAGAACUUUGUGGAUGUGUGAUCGGGGAUGACUUUUAUGAAGACUGUGAAUGAAUCAUUUGAUACAAACAUGGUAGAAUUUCACCAGUGAAACAUGAUCAUAACUUUUCAUCAGCAUCUCACCUGUGUUUGCAGAAAAAUAACCCUAACAUAUUAGACUGCUGAUUGCUGCUUUUCACUGCAUUUUGUAAAUGAUCGUGUAUAUAUAUAUAUAUAUAUAUAUAUAUAUAAAAAAAAAGCUUCUUGCUUCAUAGGGAUUUUUGCUUAAAAAAUCUAAUUUGAUAUUUAGUGAUGGCUGGAAAUAUUUGAUAUCAAAAGAGGUAUCUAGAAACCUCUCGCUGCAAAUCUUAGAUGUAAUCUUUGGACAGAGGGCUCUACAAAAUCUAAAAAAACUUGAAUCUGUAGUUACGUCAUGUAUGUUCAAUACCAUUUGGUGUCUUACUUGAAAGAGUAAGAUAAUAUUUACAUAUUUCACGGUGAAUAUUGUUGUCGGUAAAGUUCAUCUAAACAUAUGAAAUAAUCGUGGUAUUUUUUAUAUUGUCUAAAGCAGCACACUGUAAGUCAUUUUUCAUAUAUUGCCAUCUUUCUGUGUUCGGUCAUCUCUGUCUAAUGAUCAUGCAGUAUGGUAUAUUAAUGUAAGUGCUGACUGUAAAUGGGUUUGCCUUUAGAUAAUGAUUAGUGACAACAUCUGUGACCCUGCAAAAUAACCUGCUCUUAUGUACUCGUACAAUUACAGCAUAGUGCAUUUUAUUUCCCAAAAACACUGUCAGGAGAAAUGAAAUCGGAUUAUAUUUUUUAAAAUAAUCUUGUCUUGUCAUAUAUAUUUUUUUUUUUGGAGCAGUAGCUUUUUCAUUGUACUUAUU